AGAAAGAGAGAGGGAGAGACGCGCGGUGGGGCUCAGCUGCUUGAGUGCAAAGGGCUACUACAUUACUAGUAGCGCAACACUUCGGACACUCGGCUGUGAGUGCGUGUGUCCAGAGUGUCUCGCUCGCUCGCUCGUUUGCAUCAAUCACGACAGGUAGGGUGGGAGGAAGAGAGGGAGGGAGGAGCAGGAGAGCAGCAGCGGGGAUUAGUCGCCUGCACUUCGCUGUCACUCACUCGCUCACUCCUCCGCUGCUGUGUGAAGAAGCUCGAGUUGGGCGGUGUGUGUGUGCGCAUUCUCUCAUGCUCCUUCACGCCAGCAUCAGCAGCAGCGGCUCCACUGCUGCCACUACGACGAGGACUACUGCAACGAGCAGUGUUGCGAUAGAGGAACGGCAAGCGGAAAGAGAGAGAAGAGGAGCCGACAAACGAGGAAGAGGAGGAGAAGGUGAGGUGGGGAUUGAGUGCGAGGUUUGAGAGUGCGGGGGAUUCUGUCAUCUUGCAUCGGUCCAAGAAGGGGCGAGUGGUGGGUGUCGGGGGUGUUGGCACUCAAUAGCGGCUCUUGCUGUCAUUUUCUGCGGGCUUCAGUGCUGGCCUUGCGAAGCUUUUGGAAACAGGGUUAGAGACGAGGUCUCAAGACGGAACGAUUCUUUCGGCCUUGAAGGUGUAGCGCGUGACGAGCUUCGAAAGGAGUUUUGCUGAGUGAGUGGAUCUCGUAAUUGUGAAUUUGAAGCACGGCUGUGUCGAAGAGUAGGCGAAGGAAGGAGCGAGUGCAGCGCGGGGAAUAAAAGGGGUAUUUUUCACCGCGGUUGACAGCUGACAUUUUGCAAGAUUGCCCGGUCGGUGGUGCCGUGAGCGACCGUCUUCGAGGACACGGGCCAGUGUUGUCCUCGGCUGAACGUCUAGGAUUCUUGAACUUGUCACCCGUGUUUAGCAACGCAUUGGGAAGGGAAUGAGCACAGGCACCAGAGUUUAAACCUCAGCUUGUCGAACACUGCCUUGAAGAAAGUCGUCUAGAGUUUUCGCGGGAGAAGGCGCGUAUCGAGUAAUUUGAAGGAGGUCAAGAGAUCCGUCGUCAAGCUGGAGAAUAUGUCGCACAGGAGUGUCAUCCAGACGCUGGAUCUACCCGAUGACUAUGGAGAGUACGACUCGUACACACCCCAAAGCUACGGGUGGCUGAGUCCAAGAAUUUCUUUCUCGACGGAUUUCAUCGGUGCACAAUCAGGUGGGUCGGUCGGAUCAGGCGGGUCGCAGUCGGACAGGGAGGCGUCUCCCGAAGGAAGUAAGAGGAGCAGAGACGACGGGAGCUCGUAUUCGGCCGAGUUCGAGUUUUCCAUGACCUCGUCUACAUUCCACGACGCCGUGUCCCAAGGAUUUAUGAUGACAGCCGACGAGCUAUUUCACGGGGGCAAGCUUCUGCCAGGGUACAUUACACCGGAUGGCAAGAAAGAGGUGCUGAUCGUCGAGCCUCUGGUCGUUGAGCCCGUGGAAGGAACGCCGGUGACAAUCGCACGACACUUGAGUGCGGAGAGCUUGACGGAGAGCUCGAACACCCCGAGCCCGCCCAUGGGAUGCGUUCUGGGGUCCGGGUGCCCGAGAACACCCAAGCCCCCGAAGUGGAGGGAGCUCUUCGGAGCUCUGCGGCGCGUGAAGUCGGACUCGGGAAGGCAGAGGGUACCGGAGGAGACGUUUUUACCGCCGAAAGCAAUGCAAGGGAGGAAGAAGUUUUUCAAGCACUUCUUCAGCAACGGGCAGCCGGUCCAGGACGGCGUGAAGAUGAGCACAAUCUACUCCCCCAUUCCGCACCGGCCGUACGUGCCUUCCUCGGCGAUGUCGUCCUCGUCGGGCGCGACGCACCCCAUGGGCGCCCCCGCGUGCCCGCCGCUCUCGUCCGGAGGCGCGGGCGCGGGCGCUACGGCCUCUUCGUCCGCGCUCCCGCCUCUGGAUUGCAAGGACAAGAGCGGCGCGGUCAAUCCGCCUCAAGCCUCCGGGGCCACGGCCGAGGCUGGCAGCAGCAGCGCGGGAGGAGCAGCGGGGCCGAGGGCCGCGGCUGAGGCGAGCCUGGGCGAGGCGCCGAACACGUCGCGGGGCAGAGGCGCGGCCGGCGCCGCGCCUGCCAAGAGCGGGGGCGGGAGGUUGAGCGCGCUCGGAGUGCCGGUGCGGAAGGUGGAAAGGCCGGUGGCGAGCGCGAAUUUGAUCCGGAGCGCGUCGGGGCGAGUCAUUGUGCGGAAUCUCGACAGAGCCACGAGCAAUGUGAAGAAUUCGGCCACGCUUCAGGAGCAAAUCAGAGCUUUGAGGUCCAGGGAAAUCAGGAGAAGCCCCGACAGGUCCGGGUACUCGUCCAGCGUGAGGGUGACGCCCGUGCUCAAUGUCCCCGUGUGCAUGGGGCCGGUGCUGCGCGGAGCCACCAAGGCCGGCAAGGGUCGACUGUCCAACUUCCGCUCUCUGCUGUCAUUCAAGCGGGAGAAGCUUCCCACGUCGCUGUCCACUCCGAUUGCCACCCAAUAGCAGUCGCCGGUAGUCUGUCACACACGCAGGAUCGAGUAAUGCUUCUCUGUCGCUCUCGCUCGGGUCGAUGAGUGUUUCAUCAGGGUAGCAAGCAUAUACGGAAAGGUGAUCGGUGGAUGGUUUUUUCUUACGAUGCCACUCCUGGAAGAGGAGGAUGAAGAGACCGAGGACGAGGACGAUUACAGCGGCAACCACCUUCGGACGAUAGAAAGCGUUCAGACAGCAGUAGCAGUAGCAGCAGUAGCGGCAACUAGUGGGAGUCCGAUGUCCAUUUUUUCCCCUUGUAGAAGUCGGUAGAUAUGGUGUAGGCCAUGAUUUCCAGAAGCUGGUUGGGUUUACUGACUGACUGACUUGCACCCCAUUUUAGAAGCGGGUGUUUUAAGUGAUAGAAAAUAAUUCAAGAUUGUUCUUACAGACAGAUGCAGACUUUGGGCUUGUAACCGUUGCACACCUCGAGUUCUGCUUGUAUAGAAAUUUAAUUAGGUGUACUUCUCUUUCUACGAAGUAGAUUGCGGACCAUAAUCAGUUAUGACAAAUCAAAUAAAUCUGGUCAUUUAGUUCCGUGGAACGCCUCACUC